AUGGCGGACCAGGUUGCUGAACGUGAGCUCAAAUCACAAAUGAGCGAAAAUCACCACGUGCAUUUCACCGACUCUGACGAUCUGCCCGCUAACGAUGAAAUCGUCGUUGAGAAAUUGGAAAACUCGCAUUUCAAAGUGCAUCUCGGAUUUUUGCAGCAUUUGCAUCGCUACGUGCUCACCUUCACGGUUCCCGCUGAAGAUUUUUCAGAGAAUCUUGAGGUCGUUGAGGACGCCGUACCAAGCGUGAAUUCCAAACUGAUAUCCGUCAAACAAGUGGACAAGGGGCUGAUUUUCGAAGUGGAGUUUUUCGCGCAUAAGGACAAAUUGUUGAAGGAGAAAUUGACUCUGAAAGACGGUGUGAAAAACGCGUCACUGAUCCUAGAUUUGAACGCUCGCGUGCUUGGUCAUGGCAAGGGUACUCCAAUGUUGAAAGACGGAGUGCAUUGUUUGAGCGUCGAGCGCAACGAUGAUGAUGAUGGAGCGAAUUCGGACUGGCAAGGUUUCUAG